GUAUAUGUAUUUAUAUUAUGUGUGCAUAAAAUUAAUCAAACGACAAACGACAUAACCUUUUUUUGUAAUACGUCAAUACGAAAUUUAAAUAUCAUAAUUGCAAUUAGUAUUGAGUAAAGUGAUUUUCUUCGAUAUGACCGAAUUUAUACAAGGAACAUGUUUAUUAAUGUGUCCAGAUAAAGAACGUUUUAUCAGAGAGAAAGAAGGUUUAUUACAUAAAUUUGAGAUCGAUGAAACUGCAAAAGGAACAAAAUUGCCGAAAGCGGAUCCAAAAAAAACUAUAAAAUGUUUUAGUCGUCCAGCAGCAGGAUUAAUAAUGACUGAUAUGAAACAAUUACGUCCGGCACCAGUAUUAUUGUCGACAAUUAAAUAUUUAUUUACUAAGAUAGCUACGCGAACAGAUGUAGAUUGGAUAAUAAUAUACGAUUUUAUCUUUGAUCGUUUGAGAUCUAUUAGACAAGACGCUGCGAUUCAAAGGAUCGAUGUUUCUAUGAACAUUCGAUUACUGGAACCUAUAGUUCGAUUUUUGGUUUAUUCCGCGCAAAGAUUAUGCGAACGAAGUAUUUCUGAAUUUAAUGCAAAAAUCAAUGAUCAACAUCUCAUCGAAUGUAUAACGCGUUUAUUAAUCUUAUAUGAUGAAUCCGAAAAUUCUUCAGUUAUUGAAAAAGAUAUGAAAAAAUUAACAUUGAACAAUGAUCGUCAACAAAUGGAAGCAUUAUACAUUCUUUUGCACAUGGGUAAUACAGAAUCCUUAAUGAGAGCAUUACAACUUCCUCUUUAUUUACGGAAAUCUCCAGAUGUGCAAUUGUCAAUAAAAAUAUCAUUUGCUUGGUAUUUAAAAAAUUAUGUACGUGUUUGUCAUUUAAUUCAACAAUUAUCUCCAUUACUUAUUUGCGCAGCCAUGAUUAGUAUACAAAAAUUAAGAAGAAUGGCAUUGAAAAUCAUGAGUUCAGGAUACAAUAGUAAAAUUUUCACUUUUCCAGGACUUAAAUUGCAACAAAUUUUAUUAUAUAAAGAGAUAGACAAAAUCCGAAUAGAUUGUGAGUUAUUUGGACUUGUAUUUACCAAUCAGAAUAUUUUAUUUCAAAAAGCGAAUUUCAAAGAUGAAAUUAAAUUGGCACAUCCAGAAAUGUACUACGCGCAUCAUUAUUUACAUAGUCUUUUACCACAAAUUUUACUUGAAUCCAUGUAUUGAACAUAUAAAAAAUACAAUGCAUUUAGAUUCUUAAA